AAUAACUUCUAUAUGUUAGAAAUGGCAAUAAAAUCAACAGGAGAUUUUAAACAAUAUUUAACUGAUUUUAUUAAAUGUGUUAGAAAAUUGAAACCAAAAAAGUUUAAUCAAUUUGUGGCGUCGGCAGUCCUGGUAUUUUCACGUGCAAACCUGAAUAUUUAAGCAACCGCCCAUACGAAUAACGCAAAUUGUGAUUUGCAUAAGCAUUCUGUGCCACGUUGUGUUGGCUUUCACAGAAUUAUUCCGCCAUUUGCGGCGUUCACACCUGCACAUCGUUUUAUCUUUAUGGCCCUUGUUUAAAUUUACCAAAUCGAGCAUCGAAGUAUUUGCGACACCUUCACCUCACAGAAACUGCUAUUGAUCUGUAGCCACCGAUCUCGCUUCGAUGACUUCUUUGACAUUACUAGUUGCCUCGCUUUAAUCUCAUUACGUUACCGUUCACGAGUAAUUAAUAUUGUUAAUAAAUAGAUUUAUGUCCCAUACGUUUAAUUUGCCACGUUACCCAAAGAAUUUAUUUUAUUUUACCUGAUAGUCAUAUAUAUUCCGCAUACUAGUAUUUUGCAAAGUAGUCAUUUGUACAUAUUUAUCGACAUGGAUCAGUUAACAAAUUUUCUAGUGUAUAAUAAAACACCCACAUGCAAAAAUAGCAUGAAUUACGAAGCUUUAAUAACAGCUAAAAAAGAGCAAAAUCAAAAAGACGGAGAUAUUGAUAAGAGACUUCUACUGCUCUCGCCAGAUCUUGGAAGAAUGACUGAAGAACGUGUGUUAUACGCAAGAAACCGGCAAGUUGGUGCUCGACCUUCAGUGGUUGGUGGCAAACCUAUUACUGAAGAUUUGGCUAUUGAGCUUCGUGUAACAGCCUUUGGAACUGCGUCAUGUCCGCCUCGUGGGGAGUGGAUACACACUCCACUUGUGAUGAGACCACCUGAUCAUCCUCUAGCGUAUGGCCUGGCAGCUCCCAGAAAUGGAACUCGAUCCCUACUGUCGGGUCUUCAGGCUCACAUCAUCAAAUGGCUUCUGUUCGACUCCCGGCCUCUGACAAAAGAUAACAAAUCUGUGGAACCACCUGACAGUUACCUACGUCCAUCCGAAGAACGUCAAGAGGAAGCACUGUGGCGGGCGUGCAGUGAAGUUAUCUGGCGCUGCGGUGGGGGUUUUAAUGCCCAAACCGAUACCAAGGUUACGGUGACACUUCCGACCAAUCAAGUAUACAUACAACAUAGUUCUCAAUAUUACCAAGAUGGAAUCACUGAGAUGCUGCACUUGUUUGAAUUCAAAAGUUUGGAGGACCUGCAGAUUUUUUUGAAGCGAUAUUUGUAUUUGUUUCAGUCUGAAGACGGCUCCGGAUCCUUGUUGCUGCUCUACGCCUGCAUUUUAUCAAGGGGUUGCGAGAAUGUUAAAAAAGAUCUUGAUGGUAAACUGACCUAUUUAGUUUCCACGCAAGUUGAAGGGUCUCUUAACGUGACGACUCUCCUACUCACGGGCCGUGCUACACCUUAUUUGCAUAACGGAGUACAAUAUGUGGGCGAUGAAGAUCAUUAUGCAAUGCCGCAAUUUGGCGUUCUAUCCAGAAGUUCAGUAGGUCUUCUCGUAUGGUACGGAAAUGAGGAAAACGUCGGCUGCAACGUAUCCAAACAGUACCCUGGAUCUCGUCUGAAAACACCAGCAAUGCCUAUUUGGGUAACAAGUUGCUCAGGACACUAUGGGGUACUGUUCAAUACUAAUCGCGAGCUUCUGAGAAACUAUCACGCUGAAAGAAGGUUUGAUAUUCACUAUUACACCUGUGGUGGAUGCCACGUUCUCUUGAAUGUGGACACUCGAGCUCACGAAGACAUGGUGCAAUUGAGAAAUGAUGACAUCAGCGCCACACCGCUUGAGAAACUCAUUCACACUAAGUGGCAAGACGCCAAGAUCACUUGGUCUGGCCCCGUGCCCUUUGCGGAUUCUCCCAACUAGAUUAUUGUCUAAUUGCUAUCGCUUUGUAGUAUUGAUGCUUAAUAUAAAUUGAAAUAGUUAUCUAUGUCAGAUAUUUCAAAUUAAAUUUGACGUUAAAAUAUGCUUAUGCAUUUGAAUUUAUCUCUUUAUAGUGUGUAACAGUUUUAAAAUGACAUUGUUUAAAUUGAUUAAAAGUACGAUUGAUUAUUUGCAAUAUUGCAAUUUCAAUAGCAGCAAUUUUAUGAGAGCACGGAAAAUAUACAUUUAAAUUUAGAA